AUGGCAACCUCACUCUUUUCAUUUUCCACUUUCUCACCUCUUUCUUCGGUUCAUAUCAAAUGGUCAUUUGAUGUUUUGAGGCAGGAAGGUUGUUAUUAUUUAGAUAAGACUCACUUCAUUCCUAAAAUAGAGGCUCUCCGUGUUCCUGCCAUACUUUCCCUUCGUUCUUGUCAUUUCGGAAAGACACUAUUCCUUUCUACUUUGUCCUCUUACUAUGACGUAAAGAACAGAAAACGAUUUAAACAAUUAUUCCAAGGACUAUAUAUCGGAAAAAAUCCUACACCAUUAGCGUCUGAGUUCCUCGUUCUCGAACUCAAUUUUGCUGGACUUCGCACUAACGAAACGGAUCAUUUCCAAGUUGUUGACGAAAAUAGAAAUGCUUUUGUGAAUUUCCGGAAAUUAUUGAACGCGGUGAUAUUAAGUAAUAACAAGCUCUAUGUUUGCAUCGAUGAAUACGAUGGUAGUAUGAACGAAGCCCUUAAAAACCAAACACCCCUCCAAGCUCUCACCAAUCAUCACAAAAACGAAGGUGACUUCAAAAUCGAAUUAAUGGAAAGUUCGUUUAAACAAUUAUUCAGUAUAUUGAAGACUGCUUGUGAUGGAGGCAUAGCUCGUGUUUUCUUAACUGGUGUGACUCCUGUCGCUAUGGCUGAAUUCAUCUCGGGUUUUAACAUUUCGGUAGAUUUGACGCUAAACGAAGAAUUUUAG